GUAUCAAUAUUUAUUAUAAAAUUCAUGUCAAAAUACUUUAAACGUCAAACGCUGAGCGAAAGCACAGAUACAAAGUAGCGCUGGAAACUUUACAGAGCGAAUCGAUAGGAAGAGGAAAGCGGUAAGAAGAACGAAAACGCGCGCUUUAUAUCGCACUUUACAGUUCUUCAACUAAACAACUAAUUGUUUCAAAUAUUACCGCGAACGAAUUUUAAUCGCAAAGAGUGGCUGUAGAUGGCGCUGAUUGUCGGCGGCAUGAAUUGAAUGGACGCGAGAAACUCAAGCGUCUGCAGCGCUAUAGCCACCUCUCCCUGGGGCGCAUCCUGCGCAUGCGUUGCACGUUUAUUAUCUUCUUUCUGUUCAAGUGCCAUUUCAUUGCAUGCAGUGCAGUCUAUAAAACAGAAUGCGUUCUCGGUGGAUCUCGAGUUUCCUAUCACUUAUCGUCAUUCGUAGCGUAUAAACAUAACAGCACGCGGUCAUUAACUUACAAAUUGUUUACGUGUCGUCCGACACAUGGGAAACCGUUGAUAUCGUGCACGAAAUGCCAGUUUUCGUCUAAUAAAAAACACGAUCGAGCCAUUGUUAGCGUCGUAGUCGAGGGUUUUCGGAGUCGAAUAAUUUGUUGAGCGAUAACGCGCGAGCAAAAAUGUCAUGCAGCUACGCGGACGGUCUCUCGCAGUACGAAAACAAAGGAGUGCUGGGCCUGGAAGAGAGAUACGACAGCGUUGAGGCGUUGCGACUGAAGUGCGGCCUUCUAGCCGAUUGGAUACAGGCGGCACGGCACGUAGUCGUUCACACCGGCGCCGGCAUCAGCACUGCUGCGGGCAUUCCGGAUUUUCGAGGUACAAAUGGAGUAUGGACAUUAGAGCAGAAAGGUUUGAAACCUACAAUGAACAUUUCUUUUGACGAAGCAAUUCCUACAAAAACACAUAUGGCAUUGAAAAAAUUAGUAGAUGCUAAAAAAGUUAAAUUUAUUAUAAGUCAAAAUAUUGAUGGCUUGCAUCUUCGAUCAGGAGUACAGAGACAGUACCUUGCAGAAUUGCAUGGAAAUAUGUUUACCGAACAAUGUGAUAAAUGUGGAAGGCAAUUUAUUCGGAAUUUUGCAACUAAAAGCGUAGGAAAAAAGUCCCUGGACACUGUAUGUAGAUCUGAGCAAAUUGGUGGUCGUCCGUGCCGUGGACGCAUGCACGACACCAUCCUCGAUUGGGAACACAACUUGCCAGACAGUGAUCUAUCUUUAUCUGACUUACACUCUAGUGUCGCGGAUUUAAGUAUAUGUCUUGGGACGACACUUCAAAUUAUCCCGAGCGGUAAUUUACCUCUGUACACCAAAAAAUACGGAGGACGUCUUGUUAUAUGUAAUCUACAAUCCACAAAACAUGACAAAAAGGCAGACUUAAUUAUCAAUGGCAAUGUUGACGAAAUAAUGAUCAGCGUUAUGAAAAAGUUAGGACUAGAGAUACCCGAGUACGAAAGUACAAUGGAUCCUACGCGUAAUUCUGACACAACGUCCAAAGAAAUGGACUGGACGAUACCAACGAGCAGAAUAAAAGAAAUGAACGUGUUGUACAAAAAGGUGUGCAAACCGAUGAGAAGGAAACGGAAGACCUUCAUGUACGAGCGGGAAAGAACUGAUACGAAACGAGAGACGAAAACGAAGAAGCAAGCGUUCAUGAUGAAACAGGAUAUAAAAGCAGAGGAUACGAUGAACACAGCGAAUCAGGUUUGCAACAACGCGGUAGUUCCAGAGGAUAUAAGCAAUAACGCGGUGAAAAUCGAGGACGAGAUAAAAGACAUAGAACAGUUCGACUUCACCGCGAACAACAUGACUCAGCCAGAUCCUGGGUUGGAAGUGAACGACAUACUGUAGCAUGAUUUAAGCAGGUGGUGAUCCAGCGACCUAAUACUCCUAUUAAUCUUCAGUCUUUGUUAAAUUUAUUUACGAGUGCAUAUAGAAUGGAUGUUAUCUGUAUGUGAAGAAUGCCUAAAAAAAAAGUGCUAUUGAUUUGUUUAUACGAAAACGACAAAAGAAAACAAAAAAAAAAGUAAGAAAAAAGUAAAAGUAUAAGUUUAUUAACCGGUAAACCGCUUUUAUCGUCAAGUCAGAAAGCGCUGCAAUACGUGUAAAUAUGUGUAGUAGUACUUUCGUAAUCGCUUCCAUGUUCUGUCCGCUUUUUCAUUACUAGUAGUUCUCUUCUUAAUCAGAGAAAAUCAAGAGUUUUUCCAAGUGAUCUAAUGUGUAUCAUACUCUACUGACAUACACGUAUAUGCAUGCACACCAUGUUUUUCUCCAUUACGAUACAUUAAAUGUUAAGUACGUAAGAUGAUUUAUUUAGAAUCGUUUGUAAGGUGUUGAACAGAGAUUUUGUAGUACAGCGUCGAUCAUAAGAUGAUCUUUCUUCAAACGGAUCUUGAAAUGAUCGUAAAGAGCGCAGCUAUAACGUGUUACGUUCAAGUGCGUUUAAUUCGUAUAUCUAUAUAUAUUAUAGGUAUAAUACUGUUCGUGUUUUCCACAGAAAAUGAAAAGAAACAUGACCAAAAAAAUCUUCCAUACACGAAGCGAUUAUCGGAAGAUCCGCAGAUGUUUUAAAAUUGCACCGGAAUAAUAGUAAAUACUCGUUGCUACUUUGAACGUUUAAGAUUGAAAUCUUUUAAUAGAAAGCUCCAUACGAGCCUCGGUGUUGUUUGAUCGAAUCUAAUAGUUAAGUGUCUCUUGUUAAACGCACAUACGUUUGUAUAAUCGUGAUAGAACGACUAAAAGCGUUUUGUAGGUAAAGAAUGAAACGGAUAAUGGGACCGCGAAUGUUACUCCCUCGACAAUAUGUCUCCCGAGCGAGUUUAGAAGCGGAAGUGCAAAAAUUUGAAAGAAAGAGAGAGAGAGAGAGAGAGAGAUAAAUAAAGUAUGGAAAUGCAAGCGAGUCUUUCUUAUAUCGGCAUUCGACGCUAUUUUGUCGAUAGCGUUUUAUAGUAGAACGCAGAUUAGUGAAAUGUGUAAUAUUUAUAUGUAAAUAGUGAUAUAUAUGCUUGGUUGCUCCUAAUAAUUUAUUACUUUAAUUGAUAUUAUUUACUGGACGUUACUAUUAGUGAAAUAUUAUAGCAUUCGACGGGAAAUAAAAUUGUGGAAAGGGA